CCCAGUGGCCGCAGGUGACACCACGUGAGUGUUUAGGCGCAGCAGUCAUGUCUGGGAGAGGCAAAGGUGGCAAAGGCUUGGGUAAAGGCGGCGCCAAGCGCCACCGCAAAGUCCUGCGAGACAACAUCCAGGGCAUCACCAAGCCGGCCAUCCGGCGCCUGGCACGGCGGGGAGGGGUCAAGCGCAUCUCCGGCCUGAUUUACGAGGAGACCCGGGGGGUGCUGAAGGUGUUCCUGGAGAACGUGAUCCGGGACGCGGUCACCUACACGGAGCACGCCAAGCGCAAGACGGUCACCGCCAUGGACGUGGUGUACGCCCUCAAGCGUCAGGGACGCACCCUCUACGGUUUCGGAGGCUAAGCCGCCGCUGCAGGCUUAAUGUGUGGCAAUCCCAAAGGCCCUUUUUAGGGCCAACCAAAG